AUGAGCAGGCACAGGACGGAGACCUGCCUGAAAGUCCUGCUGCUCAUCAGGGUGGUCACAGCAGCCCCCAUGCCAUCAUUGUCCCCUCUGCCAACCCACGAGGAUGCAGUUUUAGCUGCAGUUCAGAUCUACAACCAAGAGCCAGGCACAACACUGGCCUAUCGGCUCCUGGAAGCUGAGCCGCAGCCAGACUGGGACAUGUCUUCAAAAACUAUCCAGCCGCUGACAUUCACUGUUCAAGAGACAGCGUGCCUGGUAUCAGAGAAACAUGACGUCAACCAGUGUGAAUUCAAAGAAGAUGGGGUUGUCAUAAACAGAUACGACGCCAGGAGCUGGCGGUGUGGCACGGAGCGGAGAGGAGCAAGGCGGGCUGGGACCAGGUUGUUCACUGCUGCUGGAGCCAUGCCCCCUGCUAACAUCCCAGGCCAUGCUGGAACCUGCAUCCCCCUGAAGCAUGGGGCCCCUCAAAUUCGUCACACAUGUCACGGACAAAAUACAUUCAUUCAUCCAACCUCUAAUUAUAGGUCUGCAUGGUUUUUAAACUCUGGUUUGCUAUUGUCAGCUGGAGCACUGUUCUACCGGGAAACCCUCACUGAAGUCAAAAGAAGAGCAGGAAGAACCUCAUGUAUAACAUUACUUUCUACACUAGCACUUUGA